CAAUAUUUGGGAGGUCCAUGUCUCACAUGUAGACUUAAAAUAAAGUCUCCUGGGACCAUGUUCUAAACUGUUCUGUACUGAUUUUUCCGUUAAUCUUUACCUAUUCUAGGUGCUAUACGUUUAUGAACUCCUUCAAUUUGGUCAGUACAAUCGAAACACCUUACUAAUUAAAGUUUUAAAAUGUUGAUGUUUGAUCCAUACAAUUUCUACAUUCAAAAUAAGUCUCUUGGGACCAUACUCUAAAGUCUAAACCGUAGCAGAAGUCGGCCAUUUUCAGUUAUGUGUGAUUUUUCCGUUAAUCUGUGUCUUUCUUGGCACUAAGUACCCCUCUUGAGGGCCCUAGGGGCGUUCUGGGUGAGACCUUCUGCAGCAAACAUAUCUAUUUAAACAUGUUUGGAGAUCAAGAAAAUAGCUGACAAUAGUUUUACAGCCAUGUCAGUAGGCAUCACUGUAACUUACCUGAAAAGCAGUAAACAAUGAGAACACAGGUUGGAUGUUGAAAUGAAUAAUCUACACUACAUUCUGAAAAUGCAGAAGAAGCUAAAACUGUUUACAAAACAUCGGCAAAUGAAAACUCAGUGUGUAAUUUAAAUGUUUGAGUAACAGUAAAUUCACCCCACUUUUCUCUUUCAACCUCUGUACUCACUGCACGUCCUUUUCUCUUGUAUUCCUCACUUGUCUUCAACAAUGUGUAUUACCAUAUUACUGUCAGACCCUCCAGCACAAAAACACUAGAGCACAUUCACACUUUUUUCUACCGGCUUUCAUAUAAAAUAGUUGUCAGAGAUGCACUCAAAAAAUUCAAGGUUUAAUCAAGCCCUGCAAAAUUACUUGCAUCAGCAGUAACUAACUUUCAUACACCUUUAGGCACAGCUACAGGAGCAAUGUCUUGCCCACGGAGACAUUGACAUGGGCUAGCGGUGCCGGGGAUCGAACCGUUUAUCUUCUGAUUGAAGGAUGACCCUGUUCUCCAAUGAUCCACAGUCGCCCAGUGGAUACAAGAAGUGGUGAACUGUUUGCAAAGCAUAAUUUCCAGCUUCACUCCAUGUAGGAAAAAAACAACUUGGGCUGUGUUUUCUGGCGGCCGGGUAAGCCCCCCACCCUGCAAAGAUGCGAGGGCCCGUACAUCAUACAAUUGGCAAGCCUAACAUGUUUAGAACCAUCCCACUAUUCAAGCAAAACAUACCACAACAGUCCGGCCAACUGAACAGAUGUGGUGUAGAUGAAAGCUUGUGAAAAUCUCAAAAAGGAAAGUUUCUUCUUCUAUCUUUGAGAAUGUAAAAGUGUAUCCAUGUGUAAUGGAAAGGUUUGUAACCUUGGAUUGUUGGUUUAGAAAACAUUUUUAAUUUUGUGGAAAUCCUUGAGUUUAAUAUAUGCCUUUUGGGUAUCUAAACUUCCACUAGAUGCAGAGUUUUCUCUGUAAAUAGUUUUUUGUCUUAGCUUGAAGAUAAUUAACCAGUUGCUGACAUCUCUUCAAAGCUAACAUGUUUUCUUUUGUCUCACUUUUUUAUUUUUUAUUUACAGAUGUUUCGGAAAAAAGCAUCUUCCUCCUUGAGAAUGAGAAGAAUGCUAGAUGAGAAAGAGAGUAUUGAUCGUGGGCGUAGCUUGUCCUUCCAUGAGGUGCGUGGUCAGCGUCAGGCAGAGAUGAGGGCCGCAGCCGAGGAAUCGUCCAACAACAGUGUAGGAGGUUGUGGCAGCACCGUUCUGCAGCGCCUCCUGCAGGAGCAGAUGAACCGGAAUUACGUGCUGCAACAGCAGAAACAACAACAACAACACGGAGGAGCAGGUGCUGGGGUUGGAGGAGGAGGUUACUCAGGGCAGGGACAGAUAGGCCCCUCUGAUGAGCACUCCAUGACCCCACACAUUGCUCGUCAAGAGCCCCAGGGGCAGGAGCUGCAGAUGGAUAACUGCCUAGAGAAACUGGCCUCAACCCAAGUAGGAGAGGGCGGGAGCAAUGGAGGGGGAGGAUGUUUAGUGACUGGAAGUAGAGGAGCAGGAGGUGGCAGCAGUGGAGGGGGUGGGAGUGCACAAGGUCAGUGCCCAAACCUUGAAGACCUCCCUACGUAUGAAGAAGCCAAAGUGCAGUCACAAUACUUCCGUGGGCAUGGUCUUCCUCUUCAGGCUCAGCAGCAUAACAAUCAGUCACAGCAGCCUCCUCUCCCCGCUUCAGUAGGCACCGCCUUCUACGUCACCGGGCAGGCCAGUGCGAAGGUGCGCACUGAAGGUCGCCCCAUGGUGCAGCGAGUGAGUGGAAUAGGGAGGGUGCUCCAGGAUGAUGGGCUGAAGGAUCUGAAGCAAGGACAUGUUCGGUCUCUCAGCGAAAGACUUAUGCAGCUGUCUCUGGCCACUAGCGGUGUUAAGGCCCACCCUCCUGUCAACAGCGCCCCGCUCUCUCCACAGCUGACCCGGCCAGGGCCGCCAGGCGACUACUACAAGCCGCAGCACCGUGGUCCACCUCCAGACUACCCCAUCAAAGAAAUGGGCUGUCCCACCCAGCAGCAGGAGUCUGGAAGACAUUUUUACCAGGAGCAGCAAGGGAGGGUGCACUUGAGGGAAGUCCCUCACGUCAGAUACCAGCCCCCGCCUGAGUAUGGCUCUUUUAGGUCCAGUAAGGAGGGUUCGGUUUCCAUCCAGAGGCCCCUUCAUCAGCACAGUCCCACCUCCUCUGUUACCUCUGUGGGCUCCUUGUCCCGCACCCAAUCCUCCACCCUAAACAGCAUGCUCAGUGCCACCCACUCCUCCCAUUCCUCCUUCCCUCACCAGCACCCCCAGAGCCAGGGAGAGCCCUUCCCUGGCAUGGGACUUCAUAGUUCGCAGAGUCCAAGCUCCCACCAAGGAGGCGAGCCCUUCACCCUGGGGCCCAUUCACUCGACACAUCCAAGAACUAUCGGUUUACCUCAUGACCCUUAUGGCUCCACCCCGAGGAUGCACCAUCAGUAUCAACAACAACAACAACAGCAGCAGCAGCAGCAGUUCCAAGGACCUCCCCAGUCCCAGACACCAGUCCAGGCCGGACAUUUCUCUCACCCUUACUCCUUCUACCACCUGCAAAGGGAGCCUGUCAGCAUGAUGGUGCGCGCCCACCAGAUGAUAGAUGUGCUAAAGGAAGAGAACAGGAUGCUAAGGCAGGAGAUGGAGGCCUGCCGCGAGAAAGUCACUAAGUUGCACAAGUUGGAAACGGAGAUCCAGCUGGUAUCGGAGGCAUAUGAAAACCUUGCCAAGUCUUCCUCCAAGAGGGAAGCCCUGGAGAAAACCAUGAGGAAUAAACUGGAGUUGGAGAUGCGCCGGCUGCACGACUUCAACAGGGACCUCCGAGACAAAGAGACGAUCCGUGAAAGGGAGAAGCUGGAGAUGGAGUUGAAUGCGCUGCGUUCUACCACAGAGGACCAGAGAAGACACAUCAAGAUCAGAGACCAGGCACUCAACAACGCCCAGGCCAAAGUGGUCAAGCUUGAGGAGGAGCUCAAGAAAAAGCAGGUCUAUGUGGAAAAGGUGGAGAGGAUGCAGCAAGCUCUGGCUCAGCUCCAGGCAGCAUGUCAGAAGAGAGAACAACUUGAGCAUCGCCUCCGUAUUAGACUGGAAAGAGAGCUUGAGUCACUACGCAUGCAGCAGCGUCAGGGAGGCACUCUAAGCAGUGGUGCAGUGCCAUCUGAGUACAAUGCCACUGUGCUGAUGGAGCACUUGAGGGAGAAGGAGGAGCAGAUCCUGGCUCUGGAGGCUGACAUGACCAAAUGGGAGCAGAAGUACUUGGAGGAGAGCGUGAUGAGGCAAUUUGCCUUGGACUCCGCCGCCUCUGUCGCCACUGAGAGGGAUACAUCUAUUCCUGUGAUGAGCCAUUCUCCAAGCAGCAGCUAUGACACGUCGGUGGAGACUCGAAUCCAGAAGGAAGACGAGGAGAUUCUCAUGGCCAAUCGGCGCUGUCUGGACAUGGAAAGCAGGAUAAAGAAUCUCCAUGCCCAGAUCAUAGAGAAAGACGCUAUGAUCAAGGUGCUUCACCAGCGCUCCAGGAAGGAGCCCAUCAAGUCAGAUGCGCAAUCUGCCAUGAGGCCCACCAAGUCCCUGAUGUCCAUUUCCAACACUGGCUCUGGUGGUUCAGGAGUGCUCUCUCACAGCUUGGGCCUCAGUAGCUCACCCAUCACCGAAGAACGCAAGGACACAAGCUGGAAGGGCAGCCUAGGUGGUCUGCUAGGUUACGAGUUUCGUACUGAAUCUCUCAGGACGGGGUCAAUCUCAUCAUCCUCCUCACCAGUGCUUCCUUCCACCCCCAUGACCGCAGGUCACUCAAAGACAGGCAGCAGGGACAGCUGCACGCAGACUGAGAAGGGACAGAGUCAGGACACCAGCAAGCCCAGCACUCCAGGCCUGCAAAGCAUGAUGCUGCCUGCUCGCUUGUUCAGCCCCAGCCCAGUCUACAUCCCGGACCGCAUAGCAGAUGUGCCAGUGUUUCAAAGCAGCACCCUGGAACGAAGGCUUCCCAUCCUGUCCCAUCCACAUCAACAGGCCCCUCCUCCAGCCCCGCCCACCCAACAUGAAGUAGAAAAAGACAUGUUGGAGAUCCUCAUCUGACCCCAUGACCUCUGAAAAAAACCAUACAUUUUUGUGACUGGAGGGCAGCUCAUUCAACAAACAGACAUUUCAAUCUAAUGACUUAUCCAAACCUGGAACAGAAAGGUUUGGUGGGUUAAAGAGUCACAGUUUGACUGAUUCACAUGAGGAGAUAUUUUUAUACCCUUAUGUGCAUUUAAUCAAAUGCAUCUAAUCUACCGUUUGACCUGGGAAGGGGGGCUUUCGCCACAGCAACGUCAAUUGCGUUUCAGCACAUUUGGGCAUAUGCAAUUUGCAUACUAUAUGCAAUCAAAUGAUUAAUGAUAGGACAGAAACUGGCCUUGCUACAAGAGUCCAGCUGUAAGAGAAAGCUGCAUGUAGCUUGGACACAUGCUAGAGAUAUGUAAACGCUCCAAUAGUGUUGGUGGACGCUGGUUGGACCAAAGAUAUUGACUAGCAUUUUGUUGCAUAUAUUGCACUACUUAUUUUUUUUCUAUAUUACUUAAAGUUGUCUGACACAAGCUAAUGUGCAAUUUUUUGUUUAAUUGUUCUUAGACAUGGCACUCGUGUAAUGAGAAAUUAUGUAAACUGUAAAACAUUCUUCACUGCACAUUCGGUAUGGACUGUAAUAGCCUGUGUGCCGUGGAGGGAUCUGAGAGCUGAGCCUUUGAGCUGUAACAUUUCAUGAGCGAUUGAAUUAAUGAGUUGCCUUUCUGAUAGCGGACUUGUUUUGCUCAAUGGUUGGAUUCAUUAUCUCUGCAUUCCACUGGCACAAUCAUCACAUGGCUACUAGUACCUGAAUUUUCAACAACGCGUGUUUGCGACCCAUGUGACAUGUUGACUUCAGGCUGAAAAAGCUCCCCGAGUUCAAAUGUGAUACUUCGGCUCUGUACUACAAAGCAGGUUCAACAUACCAAGAGUAUGUUUUGGUUACCUGCCUUAACUGACUCUAACAACCACUAUCCCACAGGUCCUACGAAGAAGUUAAAUACAUAAUGCAAGCUGAAACUAACAGUAUCAACUGCCAAAAGCAGUAAGGACAGCUUGCAAUAAAUUGCCUACUGUAAGAUAUUGUACAUGAACAACUUUAUAAUAUCUCAUCGCUGCCCCAUUUAGGGCAUCAGUAGGUUGACUAUGUGUAUUCUGUUAAAAGAAUGUAUUGCGUAAAUAUAUUCUUAUAUGUAUAACAAUAUUUUAGCCUUAUUCUUUCAGUGGCAACCCGGCGGUGUGAAACAGAAUUGGCGUAACUCAUGCAUUCAAAACGAUAAGAGGAUAUCCUUACAUAAUGGCUGCAACACAUGGCUUAAGACACAUGAGUGAAUAUUCGGGGCAACUGUGGGUCAGUGGUGAGCAUCUGCAUCUUCCAAUCUGGAGGUUUGCGGUUCAAUCCUAAUCGAUGUGUCCUUGAGCAAGACAUUUAAACCUGAAAUAUUCUCCGUAGCUGUGUAGAUUACAAAGGUAAUCUACAAAAUACAGAUUACAAAGGUAAUCUACAAAAUAAAGAUUACAAAGGUAAUCUACCCAUGGUAAGAAGGGAACCUCUGUCAUAGGACUGAAAACACAGGGUUAAUCCCAAAAUGACCUUGCUAACCCCAAAUCCUGCUUCGGAGUACAGGCCACUGAUGAGCUUUUCGUUUUUUGUUUUCCAACAAACUGCACAUCCAUCUGAUUUUUAAAUAGAUCGAAACAAAACUUAAAAUGCAUUUUACAUGCACCAUUUCAUCAGAUCUCUUACUUUCGACAAAAUGCAAUAUAAUGAAUCGGUCCUCAUCCCUGGAAACAACCUUCUGGGAACUCAAGAAAAGCUCCAUCUUAAAAUAGGAAUCACAUGUUCAGGCUUUAAAGGAAGUGAAAUAAUCAGGGGUGCACAUAACUUUUUCAGUGGGGGGGGGGGGGGGUGCAAGUGACUUUUUUCCGUCCCGAUGUGCGCGCACACGCCGGCAUCGGAGCUAUGCGGUGCGCGAGACGGGGAGCCGAGAAGAGUUACCGCGACACGUAGAGACAGAAAUGACAUGCUGUUGGUUAGAGACGAUCAAUAUCAUAUCGGUCAAGUACGCAAAGGCGCGAAGUAACACAAGUGGCAUUACGCAUUGUUGAUUAUUCUCGUGCAUGCGUACCUGCGUACCUGUUAUGUGCACCCCUGGAAAUAAUCCUUUCUUGGGUUAUGGUCGUGGUUCUUCCCCCCCCCCCCCCAGUUCCAAAAAUGUCAAAUAAGUCUCACCAAUAAUUUCAAGUUUGGAGAAGAUAAUUUUAAGUGACGACAUAUGGUGCUGGUUGAACCUGUUGCAGGCUACAGCAACAAUUCAACAAAACUCACAAGCCCAGAAUAACUGAGCCAGUGCAAAUGUUUUUUUUAUUUUUAUUAACGUGGUCAAAUAUAUAAUUUCCAGCAAGGUUUAAUACAGCUAGAUUGAAGUAGUCAUUUACCCAAAAUAUUGGACCAAGAAUGGUCAGCUAUUAGAUGUUAAUGCAGUGGGUCAAAUGGGCUUGCUGAAGGAUUUUGAUGGUAGACUACAACCUAGCUGUAUGAAUUUGUCAUAGGUAUUUGUAACACGGUGAGACGUAUGAAGGAGGUAUGCUCUAAACCCAAUAGGAAGUCAGCAAUUUUUCAUUUUAUGAUGUUUAUUGAACAUUUCAAGGCACCAUACUUGAACAAACUACUUUGAGAGAUUAAAACCGAUUGACUUUCAAUUCGGUCAGUAGGAUCUUGAGACCUUUGCAGUGAAAAGUUAUCGAAAGAUAAAAAGGUUAUCGAACUGUGUCCGUGGCGGCAAAAAAAGAAAGCAGUGCAAUUGUGACGGCCCCUGCCUAUAACACCAUAUACAGGACUGUCUCAGAAAAUUAGAAUAUUGUGAUAAAGUUCUUUAUUUUCUGUAAUGCAAUUUAAAAAACAAAAAUGUCAUGCAUUCUGGAUUCAUUACAAAUCAACUGAAAUAUUGCAAGCCUUUUAUUCUUUUAAUAUUGCUGAUUAUGGCUUACAGCUUAAGAAAACUCUAAAAUCCUAUCUCAUAAAAUUAGAAUAUUUCCUCAGACCAAGUUUUAAAAAAAGAUUUAUAACAGCAAAACAAAAUCAAACAUUUGAAAAUGUCCAUUAAUGCACUCAGUACUUGGUUGGGAAUCCUUUUGCACGAAUUACUGCAUCAAUGCGGCGUGGCAUGGAGGCAAUCAGCCUGUGGCAUUGCUGAGGGUUUAUGGAUGCCCAGGAUGCUUCAAUAGCGGCCUUUAGCUCAUUUGCAUUGUUGGGUCUGGUGUCUUUCAGCUUCUUCUUCAUAAUACCCCACAAAUUCUCUAUGGGGUUCAGGUCAGGGGAAUUGGCAGGCCAAUCGAGGACAGUAAUGCCAUGGUCAGUACACCAGUUACUGGUGGUUUUGGCACUGUGGGCAGGUGCCAGAUCAUGCUGGAAAAUGAAAUCCUCAUCUCCAUAGAGCUUUUCAGCAGACGGAAGCAUGUAGUGCUCUAAAAUCUCUUGGUACACAGCUGCAUUUACUCUGGACUUGAUGAAACACAGUGGACCAACACCAGCAGCUGACAUGGCUCCCAAACCAUCACUGACUGUGGGAACUUCACACUGGAUUUCAAGCAACUUGGAUUUUGCGCCUCUCUUUUUGUGUCUUACCCUCCUGAUGGAGGGUGUCAAUGAUGGUCCUCUGGACAGCAGUCAGAUCAGCAGUCUUCCCCAUACUUGUGAUUUAGUUUACUGAACCAAGCUGAGUGUUUGCAAGGCUCAGGAAACCCUUGCAGGUGUUUCGAGUUAAUUAGACGAUUCAAGUGAUUUGUUUAAUACCCUACUAGUAUACUUUUUCAUGAUAUUCUAAUAUUUAGAGAUAGGAUAUUUGAGUUUUCUUAAGCUGUAAGCCAUAAUCAGCAAUAUUAAAAGAAUAAAAGGCUUGCAAUAUUUCAGCUGAUUUGUAAUGAAUCCAGAAUGCAUGACAUUUUUGUUUUUUUAAUUGCAUUACAGAAAAUAAAGAACUUUAUCACAAUAUUCUAAUUUUCUGAGACAGUCCUGUAAGUGUGGUGUUGCCAGCUAUUCGUCCCUGUGUCCCUAAAUGUGUCACAAGAACGUUGGUGUAGCUAAUUACUGGAUGCAGAGCACUUUAUUCUGGAGCACCUGCAGAAUGAAAGCCCUACUCAAGGAUUUCUCGGUCCUCUCUCUGGCUCAUGCCUGGUUAGAUCUUGGUUUGGUCGUCCUUUGUUUUUGCUCACAACACCCCACACUUCAUUGUGCUCACGUAUUCACAUUUACAUUACUGAUGUUACUGACUGACACGCUUCACAAUUGCCGUCUUUUCUUUACUUGAUUAUAAUAAACACCUUUGAUUUACCAUCA